GGGAGUAGCUGAAAAGAAAAAAAAAAGUUAAGCGAGAAAAAAAUUGUAUCUGGGGAAAGAAAGGAGUAUGGAAGAAUGAAAGAGGAGAAGAUAAAUGUUUACAUUUGUGAAAAAUUGUGUGUGUGUGUGUGUGUGUGUGUGUGUGUGUGUGUGUGUGUGUGUGUGUGUGCGUGUGUGUGCGUGUGCGUGUGUGUGUGUGUGAGGGACGAGGAAGAGAGGGAGGGCCCAAUGGAGAGGAGUAACAACACAAGGAACGAGGAGAGGGAAGGGGGAGGAAGGGGAAUGAAGGGAGGGUAAUACAAGGAAGUAAGCGGGGGAGGGAGAAAGAGUAUAGAAAACACACUGGGAGGAGGGGGAGACAUUGCUGUGGAGGGAGAGAUGGAGGCACGGAGAAGAGGACUGGAGGAGACAAAUGGGGGAGUGAAAGGGGAGCACAAGAAGGAAAUGGUGUAGGCAGAGAGAUAGGGAGUAGGGAACAACAACGGAAGGAGGAGGAGGAGGAGGAGGAGGAGACGUUGGGGGGGGGGUGCAGAAAGGGGGCGAGUAAGCAUGUACUGUGUAAGAGGGAGGUAACGGAGGCGAGGUGAGGGGGAGCUGCGGCCCGGGCCUCGUGACCCACACACUCACAUGCACGCUGCUCCUCACACAGGCAUCGGGAGGCAGUCGGGCUGGCGUUGGUGGCCAGCCAGGAGGUGCCAGGGUGCGUCGGGCCUCCCAGGGCAUGCCAGCAGCCACGCCAGGGCACCACAAGGCACCAGGCAAGGCACCACGUCAUUCUGAGUCGCGCCUAACAAAUAUACAGCGGCGAGAACUCAGCGAGAGCGCCCCAGCCAGCCAGCCAGCACCACCACGCCUCGCCGCAGGAAGAGACGAAAUAUCUAGGUCAACAAACUUCAGUCAUCGAGGCGAGGUGCGGAGUCCCCGGGGAGGCAGCGCGGGCCCCAGGAGACGCCUCGGCCCUCCCCGGCCCCCGUCAGGAGUACAGCCAGGCAUUCAGGUGUGCCUAGUACGCUUUCCUACCUCGCCUGCCCCGCCCUACCUUCCCCCAGCCUGCAGGGAGUGAGCGGAGUAUUGCUGGGAGGAUGUGCUAGCAGGAAGAUGGGCUGCGGGAUAAGUACUGACGGAUAUCCCAACCAAGGGGGGCCACCAGUCUACCCUCGCUCCCCGCAGAUCGUCUCCUUUGAGAAGAUCGGCGCCAUGAACAACAACAACGAGUUCGUCACCAUGACCAACACGAGCAGGGACGUCGAUCGCUCAAUGCUGGAAAAGUACAUUGAGAUCGAGCGCCAGAUCGCGGAGGAGGAGGCGAACAACCCAAUCCAGCCGCUGGAACUUAAGAUGGACCAGCUGGCGCGUCUUGGCCAGGAGAUCGAGGCCAUGGAGGCUCAGCUGGCCGGCCUGGAGGAGCAGACGAGGAAGGAGAAGAGUGACGUUGACCGCCUGGAGACCGCGGAGGGGGAGGUGCUGGCGGCGCUGGUGGAGAUGGCGGACGGCUCCCUGGACGAACAGCUGAUCAAGGAGAAGGAGGAGUACGUGGCCGCCCUCAACAAGCAGGAGAUCGCCACGCAGGAGUUGGAAGCACAUCGCAAACAGCAUGAGCAGGUGUCGCAGGAGGUGGCGGAGCUGGAGGACAAGGCCAAGAGACUCCACGAGCUGUACAGGGAACAUGACAGCCUGCUGGACAAGCUGUUCGGCGGGGAGUACGGCUCGGUGGCGGAGAAUCAGCUUGAGGCGGAGCUGGAUGAACUGGAGGCGCACCGGGGCAGGAUCAUGGAGGCUAACUUCAAAUGGCGACAGGCGCAGAUGAUGCUGGAGUACGCGUGCAAGCAGCUGGCCGUGGCGGUGCAGAAGUGGCAGGAUCUCCCCACUAUUCCUACUAUAGACCUGGAGAUCCGGUACAGCGUGGCGGCGGAGACGAGGAACAACCUGGUGGCGGCGGGGCAGAACAUUCAGGGGGCGCAGCGGUACCUGGACAACGUUAAGUUCCCUUACUGUGACCCCAGCGAGAUGCAGACACUUGGCAAACAGGCCACGGAGUACGUGUUCACGGACAUGCAGAGCAACGAUAGGCACGACCACGCCCAGGCCUGCUACUCCACCACACACAAGCGAGCCAACGCCCUCCUUCAGUGGUUCGACACGGUGAUCAACACAACCAUCAUGAAGGACCUGAACGACAUCAACGAGAAGGUCAAGGACAAGACACUGGAGCUGAGGCGGGAACGUGUGCGCCUCAUUCAGGAGAAGGUGAAGGAGCUUUGGGGAAUGGAUAUCGAGCUAGACUCUACCCUGAGGACUGAGGACUUCAACGUUGAGGAGCUGGCCAAGAUGAUGGUGACGGAGGGCCAGGUAGUCAAGGUGGAGGCUGGAGAUGCGGAGAGUGAGCGCGCCGGCACGCCGCCCUUGCUCAGCCGCGACGAACUGGCUCCGGUUGCCUUCCAACACCGUCAUCUUCGGCAGCAUGUAUGACCAUUACCAAGCCCAGCUCAGUACCCUGGCCAAGCAGCACCAGGAGGAGAUGGAGCAGUUCAUGAAGGAGCAGCAGAACAAGACGCAGCGCAUGAACGAGUCCCUGCAGAUGAAGCUGAUGGCAAGGCGGCAGCGCAGAGCCAGGAAGAACAUGGAGCAGAUGCAGAGGACGGCACUGGAUUCUUCUGGGGAGUAGCACCGAGUCUCCUCCUCCCCCUCCGCCGCCUGCUUCCCUUCCUCCUCCUCUGCCUUCUCUUCCGCUUACUUUCCUUCUUCCUCCUCCUCCUUCGCCUACUUCCCUUCCUCCUCCUCCUCCUCCUCCUCCUCCGCUUUCAUUCCUUCCUCCUCCUCCUCCUCCUCCUCCUCCUCCUCCUCCUCCUCCUAUCCUUCGUACUAUCAUCACUUGCUAUCGUUACCUGAACCACACCACCACUAUUACUGCAAUCACUGUUACUACUACUACUACUACUACUACUACUACUACUGCUACUACUGCUAUUACUACUACUACUACUACUACUGCUACUACUACAACUACAACAACAACAACUACUACUACUACUACUACUACUACUACUACUACUACUACUACUACUACUACUACUACUGCAGUGGAGGCAGCAUCCACAUAAAUGGCAAGUUACUCAUGUCAGCAAUUGUGCUAAUUGAAAUGCAUCUCUGUGUGUGUGUGUGUGUGUGUGUGUGUGUGUGUGUGUGUGUGUGUGUGUGUGUGUGUGUGUGUGUGUGUGUGUGUG